ACCGAACUGCGACGGAGUUUAGUUACCAGUCUUAUGCUGCGUGUUGUUAGAUAGAACGCAUGAUAUGAUUGGCUCUGUAUAUCCCAUUACGUCAGAGGACAUGUCUGCCACAUAGGACAUAACUGCAAGGGUACACAUGUAUGUGAACAGUUAUCGCCGAAUCAUAAUCUGUCCCAGGCGUUGAGCUGAGUUCAACUUAGCAGGCAAGCCGGCGGUUGUCGGCGAUUGUUUGGCGAUGAAAAUAAUUUACGUCAACAUCAUCUGCGGACGCAUUCGAUCCAUACUUACAGGUGAAAUGGUUGAAAAUUGUGCCAAUUCGAUUUGCAGUUCGCACAGAUUUGAGUAUGUCGGCGAUCCAUCGUAGAUGCGCCGGGGACCCACUGGAACAGAUCGCCGAACGUUGCCCACUGACUGGCAACCCUAAAAGAUGAAAUCCAGAACCGAAAACGGAAUCCAGAAUCCGGAAACAAGAAUCCGGAACCCGAAAUCUGGAAGCCGGAAUCCAGAUAUUAUGGGUGACAAUAAAAAUAAUUCACUUUAGAAAUGUCUAAUAAAUAAAUAUAAGGAAAAAUUGUUUUGUUGUUAUUUAUUUUCUAGCUUUCCUUGCUUUGCUUCAACCACGAACCCUAGUCCUAACCCUAAGUGACGAAUUCAUUAAAUAAAUAAAUAAAUAAAUAAAUAAUUAAAAUAAAUAAAUAAAUAAAUAAACUGUAAUUGUUUCGAACAACCCCUUGCUGUACAUCUGGUUCAGGUUGUUCGUAGGCCGGAUAACGCUAUCCAGCGGAUAAGUGUAACAAAACAAACCACGCUAUCCACUAGAUUGUGAUUUAUCCGGUAGAUAGCGCUAUCCACCUUUGGAACAACCGGGGCCUUGCCCGGGUUGUUCGAAAGGUGGAUAAAGCUAUCCAUUGGGUAACUCACUAUCCAAUCAGGUUUAGUGAUUUUUUGGGUGGAUACCCAUAGCUUGCAAGCAGGUUCUAGUGUCUGGGUUUCCCACUCAGGCGCUGCAUGCUUUCCUGCUUAUUGCUUUGGCAUGUGAGCGAGUUUCUUCUCGCAGCUUCGCCGCUCGCGCCGCCGGCCCAAACACGAGAGCUUGCUCGCAGGCUAAGUUACCCACCUUUUGUUCAACCUGGCCCUGGUGAGAGCGCAGUUCUUGUCUAGAUCAAAUUUCUCUGAGAAGACUGAUGAGUAGCACAACAGCAACAAGCUAUUUCGGUUAGUUUCUGGCAAUCUUUUAGCACCUUUAAGAAAGAGGUGGUCUGACCCGUUCGCAAGCGAGAAGCUGACGGGAGUAAGUGUGCAACAUUUCAAUAAGUUGUUUUAAUAUGAUGGCCGACAAGAAUAUGCAGUGGUGAUAUGCAACAGUAUCAGAGUGGAAAUAGCGUUUAUGUGGAAUUAGUCUCGUAUCUGUUGAGAAAAACAAAUUUAUUUAGAUGAGCCAGGUCAGCCUUUGGACAUCCAAAGUGGGUUGCGUGGACGGUUGCGUGACCGUCGAUGUACAGGGGGCUGCCACACCCUGUUCUCUAUGACGUUUUCUGUCUUGGUCAGUAUCUACUAGAGAUAAAAGGCCAAAUUUAUACCUCCGGUAAACUGCAGGUCACUUAUUAAACAAAAAAGCAAUUACCUGCAAGGUUAUUUUAAGAGGAACUGGGUCGAGCAUGGCGAGAGCGUAGGCGUGUUCUUGCUAGCUCCGUUAGAAAAGUUUUGUAUAUGGCCUUAGUUACAUGGCACAGAAGGUAGAAAAGUUUAAACGAAAGACCCAUAUAGAAAGAACUGGACCGGCUUGGAGAAGUGAGUCAAUAUCGUCUGAAGAAGAUUCCCUUUCCCCGCUGGAAAAGAAAAUCAAAUCAAAAGACCACAUGGAGUCGGAGUCGGGAAGCGAAACCGAUGAUGUUGUCGCGACGCUUGAGGUGGUUAAAAAAGUAAUGCCUGAGAUUGAAUUAGUUUUAGAGAAACUUGAUAAGAUGGAAAAGAAACUGGACAAUCUCGAAAGCUACGUGAAAGUUGUCGACCUAAAGGUUAAUCGACUGCAAGAGAAGGUCGAACGCUUUGAAUCGUUUAGCAAAGACGCUGCAUCAUCAUUAAAGGUGUGCACCACAGAGGAGAACGCCACAGUGGUAUUAGUUGGAUUUAUGCAGAAUGAGCUGGAUAUCAGUGAGGCGGAUACCAUUGAGUUUCAAAGAAUUCAUCGCAUCGGGAGGGUCAAACCCUCACAAGAUAAGCCAAGACCGAUCAUCGCUCGGUUUCUGCGAUAUUCUGAUAGAGAGUUGGUAAUGUCAAGGGUAAAGAAGCUGAAAGGAAAGGGUUUUGGAAUAUCGGCAGACCUACAAAAAGAAAUCGUAAACCGCAGAAAGGAAUUGAUGCCAAAGUUUAAGAAAGCAAAAGAAGAUGGGCGAUCAGCGUUCUUUAAGAGUUCAGAGCCGGAUAAACUGUACGUUGAGGGAACCCGAGUUUAUUAAUUUCACCAAGCUUAAAAAUAUUUAGUUUUUUUCUUUUCUUUUCUCUUCACGAACAUGUAACGGCAUACAUUAUUUUUCGUUUUAUUUGCUAAAACGGAGCUGCAUGUUUGGAUUCUAAAAUUAACAUCAUACAUGCAAGAUUCAGUUCAUUAGUAGCACAAUUAACAGCCUUCAUCGCUGGCUACUGUUUUUUUGAAUGUCUUAUUGUUGUUGUAAGUGUUAUAGUUGUAAAAUAGUCUUUUUGUAUUUUUUUCAAUGUUAUUUAGAUUGUGUUUUUUCCAUAUUUUGUACACGUAACAUACAAAUUAUUUUUUAAGUUUUCUGGCUGAAAGUUUUGGCAAUUUCUUAAUUAUGAUCAGGAGCCUUUUUCUAACGAUUUACGAAAUUAAUAAUGUUCACAAAACUUAAUCUAAAUUUUGGAUUUUUAUCGUUAAAUGUUCAAGGGAUCAGGCCAUUUGA